UGCUCUUUCGAAAUAUACAAUUGCUCUACUUCUAUAAUUAAUAAUUAAUUAAUUAAUCGUAAUUAAAAAAUCAAAAUAAAAUUUCCAAUUAUCUCUUAUUGUAAAGACUUAUUUGGACCGUAAUUGCUGCCAAAAAAUUGCUCCUCCUUUUAUCUAUAAGAAUUGAUAAUUGUUUUGUUCAUAAAACCGUUUUUAAUUAAUUAAUAAUAUAAAUAAUUAUUUUGCACCUUUAAACCUGUGAAUGACUAUUGUGACGUCAUCGUCGCGACAAUUUGAUUGUCGUUUUUAUGAGGACGAGACAUAGUGGGAUAUUAGGUUACAUGCGUAUGUGACUUUGUAAACAAACAUUUUAUUGUUAUAUUCUAUUUAGGCUCGGUGUAUAAUUAUAAAAAAAUAAUAAUUUUAAUGAUCCUGAAAUCAAACAGUGUUCUAUUUCGUAAAGUUAUCUAUUAGUAAUAGAGAAAAGCUGUUUUUUUUGUCAUAUUCAACAUUCACUCAAAAAAGGAUUACUUCUAUAUAAAAGGGAUGCUAACUGAGCCAAUAAUUUUAUGAUCACGUUUUUCUUUAUAUAAGAGUAUUAAUAAAUAGAUGUAAUUAAAUUACCAAAGCAAUUGUAUUCUAACUUAACUAUACAAAUAGUUAUUGCGAAUUUAAAAAAUCAAUAUUAAUUGUGGAUUUGCUCCAAGUACUUAUAAAAAUAAAAAAAUUUUUAUCAAUCGGUUAAUUGAAUCAUAUGGAAGACGUGACAGUAACUCCAGCAUCUGAAAAUACUGUUAAUCAAGAUGAACUUAACCAUCAACAGCACCGGAACAUUGACGGCAAGGUAUCGGAAUCAAUACUUCGUAUUGGCAAAAAAAAAAUCAGUCAAUUAUCUUGGACGCAAGUAUGCAGAAGACCAAGUGUAUUUUUCGAAAGCUAAAGUCUUGGGGGAAAUAUACUCGUUUAUAAGAGUUGCUAUCAAAACCAGACCUGAUUAUAACGGCGAUUCUGAAAUCUCGCUAUGCAAUUCAGUAAGAGUACAUCUGUGUUUAAUAAAUUCGGUUCUACGGAUAAAAAAGUGUAAGGCAUAGUCAUAACAUUUUCCUAUAUCGGACCACAGACAAGCAAUAAAUAAUUGCUAUUAUAUUGUAUUCAAUGAAGUAAUCAUCCAGUCCCACCAUCUUAGCUCUAGCGUGUCACAACAUUUUAGAAAGAAACUUUUGCAGCGUUAACUUGGUGCUCCUUUAUUAUUUCGGUUAACACUAGUUAACUAAAAUCUAAAAGUAAAUUAUUCAAAUUUAUCUUAAAUUUAAGAAAUAAUGGAGAAAUGUAUAUAAAGUGAAUUUCAAUAAUUGUCAUUUGAUACUGUGAUUGACAAUGGAAGUCCUAGAUUCAAGACUUACUCACGACAAUGUGCCACUCUGUAUUAAUGAUUCCAUCAAAAAGUUUUCAGCUGGACAAGGUGGGUUCUUCUUUUUGGAUGCACCGGGUGGAACUGGCAAAACAUUCGUUAUUUCGCUAAUUCUUGCUGAAAUACGAUCAAAUAAUGGCAUCGCAUUGGCCGUUGCAUCAUCGGGCAUUGCAGCAACUUUAUUGGAUGGAGGUAGAACAGCUCAUUCAGUAUUUAAGCUGCCACUAAAUAUUCAGAAUAACCCUGACGCAGUAUGCAACAUUAAGAAACAAUCGUCCAUGGCCACUGUGCUGAAACGGUGUAAAAUUAUUAUUUGGGAUGAAUGUACUAUGGCACACAAAUAUUCACUUGAGGCGUUGAACAGGACAUUGAAAGAUAUUAAAAACAGUGACAAACUAUUUGGCGGAACUCUGUUGGUCCUUUCAGGUGAUUUCAGACAAACACUUCCAGUCAUUCCACGUUCAACAUACGCUGAUGAGAUCAACGCUUGCUUAAAAUCAUCUCCAUUGUGGCGUAAUGUUGAAAAAUUACAGCUAAAAAUAAAUAUGCGCGUUCAAAUGCUUCAAGAUCCAUCCGCUGAAACAUUUUCAAAACAACUCUUAGAUAUCGGUGAUGGAAAAGUUGCUAUAGAUGAAACUGGAUACGUAAAAUUACCGACCGAUUUCUGCACAAUCGCUGAUUCGCAAGAUACUCUCAUUGAACAAAUAUUUCCCGAUGUACACACACGGUACAUAAAUCAUGAGUGGCUUGCAGAAAGAGUGAUUUUAGCGGCAAAAAAUGUAGACGUUGACAAUUUAAAUCUGAAGAUACAAAUGUUGUUGCCAGGGAACUUGGUAUCAUAUAAAUCUAUUGAUACAGUUUGCGACGACAGCGAAGCAGUAAAUUUUCCCAUAGAGUUUUUGAACUCACUGGAUUUGCCAGGCAUGCCACCGCAUAAUUUACAAUUAAAGGUUGGAUCUCCAAUUAUCUUGCUUCGUAAUUUGAACCCGCCUCGGCUGUGCAACGGUACGCGAUUAGUCAUUCAAAAAUUAAUGAAAAAUGUGAUCGAAGCCAGAAUUUUAAAUGGCAAGUUCAGAGGUGAAAAUGUACUCAUACCACGGAUUCCUAUUAUACCUACAGAUGUGCCAAUUCAAUUCAAACGUAUUCAGUUUCCGAUUAGAUUGGCAUUUGCAAUGACUAUCAACAAAUCCCAAGGUCAAACGAUGUCUGUUUGUGGAUUAGAUUUGAGAACACCAUGUUUUUCACACGGACAAUUAUACGUGGCAUGCUCUCGAGUGGGUAAACCAUCCAGUUUGUUUGUGUUAGCUAGAGAUGGACUAACAAAAAAUAUUGUUCACGCUAUAGCAUUAAGAGAUUGAUAUUGUUUAAUAGUGUUACUGUCGUAAUUGUUUAAUUAAUGUCACAUUGAGGCAGAUACCGGGGGACACAAAAUCCUUUGUGAAAGCGAGAUACAUCUUUAGAAUUUCUAUGAUUCGCGCUGAUCUAUGCUAAACGAGUUGAUCUAUUGAUUGCCAUUGUAUCUAUGGAUAAUCAGAUGAUCUACUCUAAUAAUAAUGACGUCAAUGAUACCAUCGAUGUCUGUCCACAAAUUACUUCUGUCAACGAUACAUUCUGCCUAGUCCAGGAGAGUUCAAUUGGAACGAUAUGACCCAAGUAAUAAUACUGGGUUUGUUUUCUUUUGGCUAUGUAAUCGGAAAUGUUCUGGAUAGAUGAAUGGAUGAAAAAAUCCACGGUAACUUAGUUUACGGUUUCGGCAUAUUUUUAACUCUUCUAUUAACCGUAGUAGGCCUAUUUGCUGCUUACUGGAAUUUUGUUCCGUUUUUAGCUGUAAGAACUGCUGAAGGAUUUACUGAGGGUGUGUCGUUUCCUCCAUUGCAUUCAAUGAAUGUACACUGGACCCCGCCAUUAAAUCGAAGUAAAUUUACUGCUUUAGUUUAUGCAGGUUACUAUACUUUAAUUAACAAUUACAUAUUACAAUGGUAAAUAGUUAAAAUAUAAACUUUUCAUCCAAGAUAUGUGUAAAAUAAAUGUAAUUAAAGGACACAAAUCGGUAUCAUUCUGUUGUAAUAUAGAGUUCGUAAUAAUUCACGAUUUAAAUUAUUCUCUUUCAUUCAAUUGUUGAUAAUCAAAUUUUUUUAAUAAAGCUAGUCAUUAUAUUAAAAAUUGUGAAUUUUUUACUUACAGUAUAAUCUUUUUUGAAAUUACAAUGCAUGUCACUGUUGAGAAGAAAUAUAUUCUAAAUUCUUAUCUGAGCUCUAACUUAAU